GGUCAUACUGAAAGUUCCUGGAUGCUUCAAAAAUUCAAUAAAAUCAUUAAAAAAUCCCUGACAUAUAAUUUUCAAACAGCAUUCCUAAAAUACAAAUCAUCACCGAACAAAUUGUAUCUAAAAAUAGACAAUAAGUUAUAUUUUCAACAAAUAAACAUUUUGAUGGCGUGAUAUCUAAAUGGCUCAUUACAGAAACUUUCAGCCCACGUACUACUCACAAUGCUGUUCGCCGAUUCGCUCUCUCUCCCGAAAAACGAUCACUUUUUACGAAUUACAGCGUAGGGUGAAUCAACUUUUUUUGUUUUGUUAUCCUGUCCCGUUGUCCAAGGGACAACAGUGGCACAGUUUGUUUGAAGAGACGUUGUAUGCCGUUCUAUUAACAUGCUUAGUAGGGGGCCCAUUAUGGACAUUGGUUAUAACGACCACAAAAACGCAAGUUUGAUAUAUUUAAGUACCAUAAAAUCAGUAUUUCAAUGAACUUUUGUCCCCUGGACAACUUAUCGUAACCAUGGCAACGAGUGACGCUAAAAAGUUGAUUCUCCCGAGACAUCUACUCCCUAAUAUAAUACCUAAAAAUGUUUUCUUGUUUAUAUUGUAGCAGAGGAAGUCGCAGAAAUCAAGCUGCAUCAAGAUUCUUUUUUAUCUGGUACGCUUACCUAUACUUGCAUAACAAAUGUACAUACAGGAGAUAUCGUGUCUUGGUACCAAAUGAAAGGUUCAGACACUUCUGACCAUAUAUUAUUGCGUAAGGUUCAACAUAUGAGUCUCAGUACUACGCUCAGUCUUACCAUGAGUAUGACCCUUCAGAAACGAGACUAUGGUACACGGAUAUAUUGCACAAAAGAUACUUGGCCGGAUAUGGGAAAUGCGACGAGACAAGAAAGCGAGAAUCAUUUAAUCGGAUUUAAAACAUACAGCACUCUUGAAACUCCCAUUGUUACCGUCAUGCCGAACAUCAGCUCCUAUAUCUUUGAAGUGGACAGCAACAUAACUACAUUCAUCUGCAACGGAACCAAGCCCGUUGAUGGAAGGAAACUGACUUGGUACAUUCAAGAGACAAACUCCAAGCCAAAACAUUUAGAGACGCAAGUAUGGGACAACGCAUCGUUUAUAAAUAUUCUGCCAUUAGAGUUAAAUGAGACAUACCACCGGAAGAAACUGUUUUGUGCACAGGAUUUUGAGUUCAAAUAUACACACCCUAAUGGUACUUUCUAUAUAGAGGGGUAUAAUGAGCUGGCAAGGUCUAAUAUGAUCACAUUACUCCAUAAGGAAAUUAAAGCUAAUGAGGAAGAAGAUAUUUCAACGGACGAGGAUAGUAGUGAGGAGAGUGAAGAGUCGGGAGGCGAUGGGAAUGGAGAAAAUAAUAUGUCAGAAGGUCUCAAGUUCAAUCACGGACAAGCAGUAUCUCCUUUAGUCUACGCGAUCCCGAUCUUUGUCGUCGCGGUGUUGCUUGUCGCGGCGACAGUGUGGUUUAUUUGUCGACGGGGGCGCACGACAAGACCAGCAGAGAAGGACGAUGAAUGCGUUUAUGCUACGCCCAAAGUAAACUACGUAACGCUGGAUCUCAAGAACCCGACGUCCGAAUACGCCUCGUCCCUAGCCCAAGACCAGUCACCCUACGCGCAGAUCAUCGGCGUUUACAAGCCGGACUUAAAUCAGCAAAGAACAUAGACUCCGCACCUAAGGGGGUCCGGUAGCUGGGGCACCGCGAAGAUCGAAGUUUGUCAAUUGCGGGCAUUUUUCUCUGUCACUCUAAUUACGUCUUAGUGAGAGUAAGAGAGAAAGAUCCCCGCAAUUUGCGAAUUUCGGUUUUCGCGGUAGGCCCCCGAGGGUAUAACCGCGAAGAUCGAAGUUGGUCAAUUGCGGGCAUUUUUCUCUGUCACUCUAAUUACGUCUUAGUGAGAGUAAGAGAGAAAGAUCCCCGCAAUGUGCGAAUUUCGGUUAUCGCGGUAGGCCUGGGCGGCUACCGGGAAAAUCGUAAUUCGUCAAUUGCGGGCAUUUUUCUCUGUCACUCUAAUUACGUCUUAGUGAGAGUAAAAGAGAAAGAUCCCCGCAAUUUGCGAAUUUCGGUUAUCGCGGUAGGCCUGGGCGGCUACCGGGAAAAUCGUAAUUCGUCAAUUGCGGGCAUUUUUCUCUGUCACUCUAAUUACGUCUUAGUGAGAGUAAAAGAGAAAGAUCCCCGCAAUUUGCGAAUUUCGGUUAACGCGGUAGGCCUGGCGUGGGUACUCGGAACAGGCGAACGCACGCGGGUGCCAUUGUAUAGAAAAUCGUCCGCGCUAGUUAUCGUCGUUUAAUACUAUAUUUCUCAAACUUGUAAUGAAAUGUUGACAUGACUUACUUCAAAUUAGGUCUGGAAAUACCACAUAUCAGGUGCGAUGAGUGAAGAUGAUAUGUUAAGGAAUUUCAUACAGUCUUAAAGCCCGACCAGAAAUAUAUGAUCAUUGUCAAGAGGGCGCUGUUAUUCUCAUGUAUAGGAUGACAGUUCAGUAUAGUAUGAAAAAAUUAGUUCCAAUGAAAUUCCGCAAUAUGGCGCGUGAUCAUAUAUUACUGGUCAGGCUUUACACACCUAGGCCUGUAAGGCAACCUUCUUUUGUUAUUAAACGUCAAAUUAUGGCACGUCUUGGCAUUCAACCAAGCAAAAUUCUGCCAAUAUGCUUUUUUUUGGCUUUUUUGGUUAUUUUUUUCUUUUUUGUGUAUGUUAAAUAUUAUUUCGGGGUUUCAAAGGAGAACGAAAAUUUGAUUAUUUUUGCGCUACAACGCACGGUUUAGGAGAUACAGCUAUAUAAAGUUUUUUUUCAGUGAUGCAAAAAUAUUUAUAGGGCUGUAUCUCCUAAACCGAGCGUCGUAGCGCAAAAAUAAUCAAAUUUUCGUUCCCUAUUGAAACCAGACGCACUGAAUAACUCAUCACAUUAGGACAUGAAACAAUCAUCAUCAUCAUCAUCAUCCUAUUUUAUUAUUAUUAUUUCAUUGCAAGUUUGAGAAAAGCACUAUACAAAUGUCGACGAGAAACGGGGAUGUCGGCCGCGUAUCCCUACCGUCCUCGCUACGUUCGGCCGUCUAUAUCUACUUCGCCUGCAACCGUUCGUUUCCCGUCCUCUAUAGUAAUGUACUAUUUCGUUAACUUGCUCACCCGCCUCACGCAACCGCGCCUACUAGCGAACGCCCCAACUCCGACGCUUAAGUUUCCAUAGUGUUCGACGGAAACCAGAUUUUUGCCGAAACCAAAACCGAAGGUUCGGUUUUGUUCUAGUUUUAGCCGAAACCGAAAUGAUUUUUAUGCCGAAACCUUCCAAAACCGAAACGCAAUCGAAACUUCGGUCGAACACUAGAUUUAACUAGAGACUGCGGAUCCUAAUACAGUCAAACUGUACAUACCACCUACUUACUAACACUUGUUAUUGCUGUAUUGUGCCUGUAUUGUGCCAAUACUUAGGUAGGUAAUUAUAAGAGUUAUAAAUACUGGAUCUGUAAAUAUUAUAAUAUAUAGUUAUGCAUGUUAGCAAUAAUUUUAUAUAAGUAUAGCAACCUAAUUUAUAAUAUUUCUACGCCGAUAGAGGCAGAAUAUGACGCGCUUAUUAUGAAUUGACCAUCUUUGUACCAUAUUCUAAGAAAUAAACAUUUGUAUUUGUAUUUGUACUUCUGCGGUGAUGUUAUUAGUAAAUAUGUGAUUAGUACUCGUAAUACCUAAUGUAUCUCAUUAGUAAAGAUAUGGUGCCCAACUAUUCACGCAAUUCACGAACAGUGAAAAAAAAGGAACCUAUAUAAAAAGGUACUUUUUUAUAUAGAAAUAUUAUGCUACAUGUUAGCCAGGUAACGAAAAUUAAUAUUUUUUAAUAAAAUGUUUCAAAUGUU